AUGACGAGCUUCUGGCGGCAGUACGGCAUUCAGCUGUACGGGUUUCUGGUCAAGACAUUCCUGCAGCGAUGGCGCAUGCCCAUCUCCACGACGGUGGAGAUCCUUCUCCCUUGCCUCUUCACGAUUUUGAUAUCCGUUGCCUACUGGAUGUCGGGCAGUUCGACGGUGCCGGCGCAGAUGUACGACGGUGGUGCCUACGUGCCGCUGAACAUGACGGACUUCGUGUCGUAUUUUAUGUGCAAGAAGAUGGGAUCAACGCUGAGGGUGCCGUGGCACCCGUGCCCGCCCGGGAUGAAUGCAUCGUCUCUCACGUGUCUGUCGCUCAUCGGUAACGGCACUGAGAUUUGCAUCCAGAACUCCUUCUACACGGUGCUGUCCUACAUGCUGUACGGCAUGUACUAUGGCAGUGGCUCGUUCGGCAUGAACACGAUGGACGGCCACCUCACGCUCUCGGCCUUGGUGACCGAGGUGACACGCAAGGAAAACCCAACCUUCUUUGGCCGGGGUGGUAGGAACAGCCUGUCGCACUAUGGCAAUCUGCUGGUGUCGAGCAACUCGCCUGCGCUGGCGCGAAGCUUCAUGGCGUUCUGCCGCCAAAGCAGCGGCAUGUGCGGCGAGGUACUCUAUGAAACAGCCUUCACUUCACUGGCUAGUGCCAAGGAGUACGCGGCCGCCCACGAGGACACCGUCUGGGCCAUUGUCGACCUUCCGGUGACCUCCCUCACGUCCAGCGACAAUGCAGAGUUUACCAUCAGCAUGAACUUCACGGCGACUGCGCCGACGGUGAAGGAGCCGCAGAAGAGCCUCUUCACGCGCGGCCUUGGCGCCAAUGACGGCAGCGACGGCUACGUGCUCUACUGGGCCAGCGGCUUCUUGACGCUGCAGACGUUUGUGCACGAGUUCUACUUGGAGCAGGCGCUAAGGAUGUACCGCAUUCGUGGCCCUUCCACUUACUACACGGAGCCAAGCUCCGACGUGGAGGGCAUCAGCGCGUACCUCACGCAGUACGGAUCCACCGUAAUCCCGAUGCCGACGCCUCCGCGCUACAACAACGCGUUCCUGACGAAGUGGGCCUACUACAUUCCACUGCUCGCCGUGAUGGCUGUGCUCUAUCCGACUUCGCGCCUCGUGAUGCUGAUCGUCGUUGAGAAGUACAAUGGCAUUCGCGAGGCGAUGCUGAUCAUGGGCCUGCAUCCGUCUUGCAUGUUUGUUGGGUGGUACUCCUCCACGCUCAUCAUGGACUUGGUCUCCUCGCUGCUCGUCGCCCUCUUUCUCAAGAUCGGCUUCCUCGACAAGGUGGACUACGGCCUCCUCUUGCUGCUCUACUUCUCCUUCAUGCAGCAGAACACGGCCCUGUGCUUCUUCAUCAGCUCCAUCUUCCGCAACCCACGCGUGGCGAGCUGGUUUAUCGCGUUUGUGCUGUUCGUGCUCGCGAUCCCGUCCUUCUCCUUCCCGACCGGCAUGACGGACAUUCAGAAGAUUUUCUGCUGCCUGGCCCCCUGCGUCGGCUACAUUCAGGCAUUCAACACAAUGCUGAACUACGUAUCCUUCGGCUUCCACUUUGGGUGGCCACAGGCGCGCACCGGCUACUUCAACUUCUCCGUCGCGGUUGGCAUGAUGUGGGCCUCGUUUGGUGUGCUGAUGCUCCUCAGCUUCUACUUGGACCGUGUCUCCUGCGGCACCGUCGGCCGCCGUGCCCACCCCUUGUUCUUCCUCAUGCCGCUGGUGAACCGCUUCCGUACGACCAGGGCAUCGCUGAUCAAGAUGUGGGACAUGGGCAGGCCGAUUCGCCCCGGUUCUCUGGUCGAGCGUGCCAUCAACGACGACGAUCCACCCAGCGCGUCAUUUGCAAACUGCUCGUUGAAGAAGGACAGCAAGGGGUUGCCACAGGACAACAGCCGACUCAUCGAGCACUACCAUGACGUCGUCAGCACACAGGACCCCACUGUGGCUGCCAUCUUCCAUCGCCUGCGCAAGGUCUACGUUGGCGGCGGCAUCCUCGGCUUCUUGUACACGUACUUCACAGGGCUGUUCCGCGAUGGCGACCGCAUCGUCGCGCUGGACGGCGUGACGUUUGCGAUGCGCACCGGCGAGGUGAGCGUGCUGCUCGGCCCCAACGGUGCCGGGAAGUCCACGAUCAUGGGUGUGGCGACCGGCAUGGUGAACCCGACCAACGGCGACGUUUACGUGCGUGGCUACAACGCCCGCACACACCUUGAUGAGUGUAGGCAGAACAUCGGGUACUGCCCCCAACGCGAUAUCGUAUGGUCUCUGCUGACGGUGGAGGAACACAUCACUUUCUACGCGCGCAUGAAAGGCUCCCACGCAGUGAACGUGCAGGAGAAGGUGGAUUAUGUGGUGGACCUCCUCGACCUGCAUGAGAAGCGCCACUGCAAAGCGAGCGAGCUGUCGAGCGGCCAGCGCCGGCGUCUGUGCGUCGCGAUCGCCAUGGUCGGCGACUCCUCCGUGCUGUUUCUCGACGAGCCCACGGCCGGUAUGGACAUCAAGGGUCGCAAGAUCGUGUACGAGGCCCUGAACCGCACCCGCAAUCAGCGUAGCGUGCUGAUCUCGACUCACCUUCUCGACGAGGCCGACCGCAUUGCCGACCGAGUGCUCAUCGUGAACAAGGGCCUGCUGUGCGCGGAGGGCUCGGCGAUGUACCUCAAGUCGCAGAUGGAGGUCGGGUACGUGGUGACGUGCCUACUGGAGAGCAACAUGAGCAAAACAGAGGAAAACUGCGCUGCCGAAGGGCUGGUGAACUUUGUGCGCGCCGAGAGCUACGCGGCGCAGCGGGCCGGCGACAGCGACAACGAGGGGUGCGUGGUGCUGGGGGUGCAGCGGCGCGGGCGCGAGGUGUCUUUCCGCUUCCCGAUGACCCUCCUCAGCUCAGCCGGCGUGACGCUUCUUUCUGCGAUUCAGCACAACAGCGAGCGACUGCGCCUGCGCAACGUCGCGCUUAACCUGGCGACUCUCGAAGACGUCUUCUUCACCGUCACUUGCAGUGCACCGCUCAUGUCAAGCGUGACAGACGGCGAGCUUGUCGGCGGGCGAGAGGACGAAGGCGGCGUGCUGUCGAUCCCUGACACGCCGUCGACUAACGCCGACCUCUACGCGGAGAAGACGAGUUACUUCUUCGUUUUCUGCCGGCAUUUCCGCGCGCUCUUCCUCAAGCGGCUGCACUACGCCCAGCGCGACAUCAAGCUGCUUGUCUAUCAAGUGGUGCUGCCGAUAAUCUUUCUGCUCCUGUCGCUGUUCAUCAGCCUUGUGCGAGACCCCAGCCAGCCCGCGCUGCGGCUCGACAUGACUAUGUACGAUGACUACGCCACCCACCCAUCGCAGGUGAUGACGGCGUACUCUAACUUCUCCGGCUACGUGCAGAACAUGACCCGGUACUUCAUGAACGUCACGAACGCCUUCUGCCUCAGUGCAAACUUGUCCGACAACGCCUGGGGCCCGCACUACCUGACCGACUUCCGUGCGAUGCCGUCUGGCUUGCCCAACGUGUCCAACGGCAUGAGCCGGCUGCUCCUGAGCGAAAUCAUGUCGCACAAGGAGCCGCGCUACAUUUCCGUGGCGCCGGUAGGAGCGGUGUUCCAGAAGGGUGCGCCGAAGAAAACCCCAACGCUGCUGCACAACACGUCGUACAGCCACUCCGCUCCGCAGGGCGUGAGCGCGCUCUACCACCUCGCCAUGUAUCAGCUCUUCGGCACCGCCGUGCCGACGCCCACCGCCGUCAACUCUCCCAUGAUGCUUGGCGAGUUUGAAAAGACGCUGGUGACAGCCAACAAGCAGGUCAUGGUUGGCAUCUUCAUCAUUCUGCCCUUCAUCUUCAUUCCGUCCAACACGAUCUCCUACAUCGUCGAGGAGAAGGAGUCCGGCGCCCGCCACAUGCAGUGGCUCUCCGGCGUCAAUGUCCUGGCGUACUGGCUGAGCAGCUUUGUGUUCGACUUUGCGAGCUACCUCGUGACGCAGAUCUUGGCCUUUAUCAUUUUCCUCAUCUUCAAUCGAACCGAGUUCAUCGGCAAGGACAACGUCGGCGCCGCCGUUGUGCUCUUCUUCUUUUUCGGCCUGACGUCGAUCCCGUUCAGCUACUUUUUGAGCUUCUUCUUCCGCUCCAGCUUCACGGCACAGUCCGUCGUCUUUUGCAUCAACUUCACCUUUGGCUUCCUGUGGGUGACACUGGAGUCGAUGAUCGCCGAGCAUGCACUGCAGUUCGCCGAGACGAUGGCCUACAUCCUUCGCAUCAUCCCAGCCGUGAGCUUCGGUGAGUCCAUGUUUGUGCUCUCUGGCACGCAGCUGGCCAACUUGAUGUUCCCGAACCGCGCCAAGAAAAGCUUAUUUUCGCUGCUGAAGUUUAGCGAGACAGGCAGUCCCACAGGCGGCAUCGGAACAGGCCUCAUCUACAUGUCUUGCGUUGCUGUGGCCUGCACUGUGGCACUCGUGGUUCUCGAGUACCUGCGGCUGCAGCGCGUUGACUCCGCCUUCACGCAGUGCUGCACAAAACUGAACAUCGAGGACGAGGAGGAGCACCGCCGCCUCGAGGAGGCAGAUCCGUCCGUGAAGCAGGAGGAGGACUACGUGUGCGCAGAUAAGACAGGGCCCGAGUCGACCCGCGUUGCGGUGCAGCACCUCAGCAAGCGCUACCUCGGCGCCGAGCACGCCGCUCUCCAGGACAUCUCGUUCGGCGUGAAAGAAGGCGAGGUGAUGGGCCUGCUGGGGCUUAACGGCGCCGGCAAGACGACGGCGGUGAGCAUCCUCGCAGGUGAGGUGGUCGCGACAGGCGGCGAGGCGUUUGUAAACCACUACGCGGUGCAGUCGAUGGCGAGCCGCCCCUUUGUUGGCUACUGCCCGCAGUACGACGCGCUGCUGAGCAAUCUCAGCGCCGAGGAGCACCUCUGGCUGUAUGCCCGCCUGCGCUCCAUCAAGGAGAAGCACAUCAGGGCCGAGGUGCACGUGCUGCUCAAAGAGCUAGGGCUGUACCCGUUCCGCAACCAGGCCGCCGCGUCCCUGAGCGGUGGCAACAAGCGCCGCCUGUCCCUUGCCAUUGCGCUGGUCGGCCGCACAACAAGUGUGCUGCUGGACGAGCCGACGUCGGGCAUGGAUGCUGUGGCGCGUGCACAGACGUGCGACGUAGUGCGGCGUCUCACAGCUCAGAAAUCCGUGGUGCUGACAACGCACCGUCUGGACGAGGUCGAGGCACUGGCCGACCGCGUUGCUUUCGUCGUGCGAGGCAACCUGCGCUGCGUCGGCACACCACAGGAGCUGAAGAACGCGUACAACAAGACUGCCGCCUACACGCUCAGUGUGCUCUUCCCCCAUACGGUGCAGUUGCAGGACACGGACGCGACCCUGGUGGAGAAGGUGCGCAGCUACGUGCUCGACACCAUCACCGCCACAGCGGGUGCGAAUGCGCAGCAGCUGACUCGGUGCGAGGUGGUGGAGGUGCACCCGUGCUCCAUGCAGAUGACCGUGAACAGCGACCUCCAUUCUAUCUGCGUCGCCGUUUCGCACAUGCAGAUGGGCCAGGCCAGCGGCAUUCCAGCGCCGACGUACGUCAGCGUGAGCCAGCCGACGCUGGAGGACAUUCUUCUUCUCCAUUAG